CUAUUUCUCUUAUUUCCCCUCCCUGCUUCACUGAGCCUCCACAGACUCUCACAUGUACUCCUUCAUUGUAUGAUCUCGGCGAGCUUGCUUCACCUCUGUCAGGCUCGAGCGCUUCCAGCCGGCAGCGGCACCGAGCUAACAAGUCUUUGUGAGGAGCGAGGGAGAGGAAGAGGGGAAGGAGGGGUUGCGAAGCAGGAGAGAAUCAGACGGCGAGGGAGCUGACAGCGUGAGCACAGAAUGAGGGUGCAGUGGGAGCAGGCAUAAGACAGCGACGGAGGCGGCACAAUAGUGCGAGGCACUGCUGGAAAGAGAGAAAUAAGGAAGAGCAGGCAUCAUGGCAGCGCUCACUCCAUCGUCACGGCACAUGGGGAAUUCUGGCCGCCGCUGCUGAACAUUGUGUGAUGCAGAGGAGAGAGUCGGGAGGACCGCCGGGAAACCAGAAGCAAGAGACGGAAACAGGUGUGACCAGCGGGACCUGCUCCAGGAUGAGCGGGAUCCUGAAGAGAAAGCUUGAAGAGGAACCCUCCUCCUAUUUGUCUCUGCAGGGCUCAGAAGAUGACGAGGUUUCCUGCAGCGACAGCGGCAACAGCAGCGAUAGUCUUAAUAAUUCGGUCCCCUCCGGGAUUCUAGAUCCCUCUGUCCAGCGGCAGUCAAAGCGACUGCGGGGACGUAAUGUGCACUUUGAGAGCGUCACUGUGUACUAUUUCAGCCGGCGCCAGGGCUUCACCAGCGUGCCAACGCAGGGUGGCAGCACCCUGGGGAUGUCGCCACAUCACAGCGGGGUGAAGCGCUUCACCCUCAGGGAGUUUGCCAUGGAGCAGAAACGGAGCCAUCAGAACAUGCUGAGGGAUCACCUCAAAGAGGAGAAACUCAACGCCAUCAAACUCAAACUAACCAAGAACGGCACGGUGUCCUCCAUGGAGGCCGACACUCUGACGCUCGACGACAUCUCAGAAGAUGACCUGGAUGUGGAUAAUACGGAGGUGGAUGACUACUUCUUCCUCCAGCCCCUCACCACCAGGAGGCGGCGCGCGCUCCUCCGUGCCUCUGGGGUCCGCCGCAUUGAUGUGGAGGAGAAGCAUGAGCUGCGCGCCCUGAGGAUGUCUAGAGAGGAAUGUGGGUGUCGCUGCCGAGGGAUAUGUGACCCAGAGACCUGUGCUUGCAGCCUGGCCGGCAUUAAGUGCCAGGUAAAUGGAAAUGUGGUGGACCGCAUGUCCUUCCCCUGCGGCUGCACCAAGGACGGCUGCAGCAACGGCGCCGGGCGGCUGGAGUUCAACCCGGUCCGAGUGCGCACCCACUUCUUGCACACCAUCAUGAAGCUGGAGCUGGAGAAGAGCCGCGAGGAGCAGUACCAGCAAACGGAGCAGCAGCUUGUAACCAGUGGCAACGGUUACCACGGCAACACCACCUUGAUCCAGCAGCAGCCGCAGCAGCAGCACAACCCUCAGUCUCUGAAGAUGAACAAUCCCAUCAUGCAUCUCCAGAGCACGGGUGACUCCGAUUCGCAUCUAGACGAGGACGAGGAGGAAGAGGAGGACGAAGACGACGACGAAGAGGAGGAGGAUGAGGCUUACGACGAGGACGGCAGCAGCGUUUGCAGCGGGCUGUCGGACUGCAGCACGCACAGUCUAGAAACUCUCGACCCGGAGGACGCAGAGGAAGACGACGAGGACGAAGAGGAGGAGGAGGACGAAGAGGAUGAGGAAGAGGAUGAAGAAGAGGAUGAGGAGGAAGACUGGGACUGUUCAUUGCACGGACUGAAUCCUCCCUCGUACUCCGUCCCCCUCCCCUCUGUUCUGAGUUACACCAACAGCCUCCUGGGCCUCAGCGGCACGUUCCACAGCGCCUCCUCCCUGCAGCCCUAUCAGCUGGACGUCUCGGCGAGCGACACGCCCGCCUUCCUUGGCGAGACCCUAAACGCUGCCGCGCCCAUGCUCCCCUCGGUCGAAUCCGCGCUGGAGUCCGAAAUGGGCGCCGAGCCCCACAACCGUUUCUCCGAGCUCGGCCCUGGCCUCCGCACAAACCCAGACUGUGCUGACUCACAGGCGGAGCAAGAGCCGCCGCCGCCACCGCCGCUGAUGUGUGGAGAAGUCAGCCGCACAGCGACCUCAGAGAACGCCUGAUGAGGAAGGACUGACAUGGACUGUUGGCGUUCUUUAGAGAGGAAGUGAAAAUAUGUUCCACCCACUCCCUUACAGAUUUUGUUACAUUUUUACUUUUUUUUUUUUUUGUCACACGUACAUGCUU